UCAGUUCGUUUAAGUACAAAACAAAUUUUCAUUAUUUCUGCGGUUUUAAUUACAGAAUAUAACCGCAUCAUCAAUUUCAAGGAACCGAUAAACGACAAAGUUCUUCCUGGUCACGUGAUAAGGACUGAGAUGGUCCGAAACGAGGGAAGCUGCCGGGUGAAGUGCUUUUUGGAGCCAAACUGCGUAUCCAUCAACGAAGGGCCUGAAGUUGAGGGAACACGAACAUGCGAGUUGAAAAAUUUCACCGAUGAAAGCGAAACACAAACUGGUUUGGAAGAAAAGAAAGGUUACAUACAUUUCGCUGUUGAGGUAAUAAAGGAUGAGGAGAAUGAGUAAAGUUGGCCAUUCACUAAAUGUUUGUAUAGCGAGUGUGUUAUCUGUAUUACAGUCACCUUUAUAUACAUUAACACUUAUUUUUUUAUGCAGACUUUAUGUGAGGAAUAGGCUGAGCAACGCUGUUUCUCUUACCUUUAUGUAACUCAUUUAUAAAAAAAAUAUCCAAAAUUUGCGCUGAUUGUCAAUUUAUGUAAGGACCUUUUAACUAGAUAACUAGGAAAACAUCAGUUUCAGUUACCUGCGGGUAAAGUUAAAACUCUCGCACUGAUUCAAAACGGCGGCUUAAAUGGUUUCCUAUUUUCUUGAAAAGUGUGGCCGGAGGUUUCAUGGAGUAUUGAAUAAUAUCAGGACCAGUUAAUGUUUAAAAAAAUUCAUACAGAUGUGUCAAUAGACCAAUUCCGAUACAUCAAAGUUCAUACAUGGCUCCGAGGCUUGGGGGAAUAAAACAAAUUAAAGAAAUUAUCUUGAGGCUCAGCAAUGAAUACACUGUGAACAAUAAAUUUCUUUUAUUUUAUUCCCCAAUUCCUGCUGGGAGCCAAGUAUGAAUUUUGAUAUAUUGAAAAUGGUCUAUUAAAUCCCGAAAUUAACAUAUUAAUUCUCUGUCAAUUUUUUUUUAACUGUUUUUUCAGAACUUUUGUCAUCGUAGCCGUUGCCCUGGAAAGUACUUUCUGUGCCAAGUCGGGUUUACAAAUAAAGGAUACAGAUGUUUCUGUCCCGAGGGUUUUAAAGGAGAUCGAUGCGAUGAAGGUAAUGUACACUCAAUAGGCUUCAAUCUCGUUCCCAGGUUCUCUCUCCUUUGGCUGAUUGACUAAGUUUUGUUUCUGCAGUUUUAUUCUCUUUUACUCCAUUCUUACUUUCAUGCAUUCCCCCACUUCAUCAAGAUAAAGUUGAUUGUCAUGGAUCAUUUUACAUUGCCAUGCAUGGUUAACAAUUAAAAAAAUGAAAACGAAAAGUUACGCCUUGAUAAAAUUAACUGGUCUGACCUCAACAUAUAAUAGACGCAAAGACAAAGACAAAUGAAGACCAAAAGUGUUUGUCGACGUGUUCAAAUAUCCACACACAUGACCAUGUACGUAAAUGGCUCCAUUAGUUCGAUUUUUCAAUGGAUUCUUUUCAAUUUUUUGUUCUGAGAAAAUAUGGUCAUCGUCAUCAUCAUCAUCAUUAACAUCAUCCUUAUCAUCAUUAUCAUUAUCGCCAUCAUCUGCAUCAACAUCGACAACAUCGGCAAAAUUUCUUUCACCUCAUUAUAUAUUCAACUUGGCAAAAGCUUAACUUGGACAAUAGGGGCGGAAAAGGAACUAUUAUUCUUCGGCGGUGUCAGUUAUAGUGUAGAUGAGGUUCUUAUCCUACCAGAUUGUUCCUCAUCCUCGGAGACCUAGUGGCAGUCAGUCGAGCCAGGAGAAAAGGCGCCACGAAAGUUUUCAAGCACAGGCGGAAGAGCCCCUUGAUACCGACUCUCACCGGACCAUUUCCAAACGGUCAAGUGAAUGCUGGCUCCUGAUUGGGCACAAAAAAUGCUUUGUAUUAUUGCGCCCAAUCGGCGAACAGUUUCUCGUGAGUUAUUUUCGUGAGUUCGUAGACGAUGGGUAUUAUGUCGCCACACUUUGCCGGUUCGUUCACCAAGCUUGUGCGUACAAGGGAAACUUCCAUUUUCUACCUUCCUAACCAGAAACAAAGGGACUACCGAUGAGUCGAAAAACGUUUCGGAUGCUAUCAGCAGGAACAAUUCAUUUUGCACUGAGAAAAUUCUGUUUCUGACGGAUCACAAUGUAUCGUAAAUGAUAGGAAGUUUAAGAUGCGGCGGCGACGAGAUAGUAAAAACGCAAUAGCUUGACAAGGCAAAACAACAACUUUGCACGUGCAUCACGCAUUUUGCACAUUUCUUUGCCGUCACUGCACGACUAUCGCGUGAAAAUGCCUAAUUUCAGGUUUUUGUGAACGACGUAAACAAACAAUGGCAAAAUUUUCUUUCUCUUUAUGAACUUGGAUAUGGUUGAUAGAAAAUCAGCUCCAGAACAGUUUGCUUGCAUUUGACAAAGUAAGCGAGUUGGGAUAAUCACGAUAGAGACUGGAAAAAUGUGAAUUCACUUUUCAUGCGACGUUUUCGUGGCUGUCAGCUGUCGUGGAAUCUUAAACUCCUUAAUAUUUACGAAGGCGUGAUCGAUGCAAGCGUGAAUACCUGUUGUAAGCUCAAGCUUGUAUUUUUGGAAAAGCGUCUACAGUUUUCGGUUAGACAGUGGCAGUCUUUACACUAGAGCCUAAGUAAGCUAAGAAAUAUUUCAAGACAAGUAAAUUUUAAUUACUUCAAGUAAAAUAAAGCUUCACUCAUAACCGAUUCUUUUUUACUUCAGGUUAACUUUAAUAAGGCUGUUUUCUCACGCAACAUAAUUAAGAUUGAUUGACAUGUUUCGCCUUUCUCAAAGCUCAAGAAACCGCAAGUAACCGCAAACUUUAAGGAUGGUUUUCAAGUCGCUUGAAACUUUCUUGUAUCGUUUCAACUUUCCGACUUUAAUGAGAUGCAAAGUAAAGUUACUUGAGAUUUUACUUAGGUCUUCACUCACGAAUUUUUGGUUAAGUAAAACUUAGCAGCUCCUAAGUCUUACUUAACAGCCUAGUGUAAAGACAACCAGUAUUUUGAUAUAAAUUGUUUAUAUCAAACUGAAAGUUUCCUGACUGCGUGCAUUUGUUCGGUGCAUGAGCCAGACAAGCCGCGAUCAAGUCAAUAGUUGUCGCGUCAUGUACGAACUCACGAAAAGAACUCAGGAGAUGCUGUUCCUCAAUUGGGCACAAUAAUACAAAGCAUUUUUUGUGCCCUAUCAGGAGCCAGCAUUCACUUGACCGUUUGGAAAUGGUCCGGUGAGAGUCGGUAUCCAGGGACUCUUCCGCCUGUGCUUGAAAACUUUCGUCGCGCCUUUCCCCCCGGCUCGACUGACUGCCCCUGGGUCUCCGAGGAUGAUUGUUCCUGAGAACACCAAAGGUGAAGUAAAAAUUAAAGAAGCGGAAAGAAAUUUCAACUGGGACUCUUCAACAAGACAUUCAUGCUCCGAAGUCAUUAAAUUUUCCUAAUCCAAUACCACCCCGAUACCAAUGGUUUUGUAGGUGAAGUUUGGACCUCUGCAUUUUCUAUUAAUUAUUGCUAUUAUUAAUUAUUACAAGUGUGUCAAUAACAAAACGCUUGAAUCUCAUUGGUCCAUAACAGCCCAUAUUUAUAGCUCAAUUUUGCUAAUUGAACUCCAAAACUGUGACCCGUCCGAUUACCAGUAAAGAACCAAUGAAAAUCAAGUAGCAGAUGCCAUUUAAACCAAUAAAACGUAACUACAUAGCACAUACCAAUCAAAAUCAAUGAAAAAAUAGUGACCAAGAAAAGAAAAAUGGAUGAAACUAGCUGGUCCAGUGACUUUUAUUCAGAUGCUUUGGAAUCCUUCUCCGAUCUUACAUUAAUAAAUAUUCCAAGACUGAGAUUCUCGCAUUUUGUUAUUGACACAAUUUAUUGGUAAUAGGACGUCGUGUCGUAAAAUUCAGGGGUGCUACGCGCACGCUGACCUGAAAUUACUCGCACGAUUUCUCCCUGAAUUGUACUCCACUCAGUCCUAUUACCAUUAUUAUUAUUAUUAUUAUUAUUAUAAAUAGGGUAUAUAUUUUAAUAUUCAUAUUCUUCAAUCUGUAAAUAGUCUAUUUUUUUAAAUCUAUGAAUAAAGUUUUAUUUUAUUAUUAUUAUUAAUUUUUCUUUUUUUUUGGGGGCAUACCUAUUGAGCGUUUUCGGUCACGUGGCCAGCAUAUAUGCAAAUUUAUGAAAACAAAAGAAAUUGUUAAGAAAGAGUUCAACUCCCUCAGGAUUUGUUUGAAACGUCAACAUGGCCACCGUGACGUCAUGUGAAAACGCUCUAUAAGGGGAAAACACAUGGUGAUGAAGAUGCUUCAGAAUUCAUUGUUUUUCAGUCUACAAAAACUGUGCUGAGCUGUAUGAAGCUGGUGUUCGAAACAGCGGUGUUUAUACUAUCGACCCUGACAAUGCUGGAACCUUUGAAGUAUACUGUGACCAAACAACAACCGGUGGGGGGUGGACUGUGUUCCAAAAGAGACUGGACGGAUCGGUUGAUUUCUACCGUGGCUGGGAUGAUUACGAACACGGUUUCGGAAAUCUGAAUGGUGAGUUUUGGCUCGGAUUGGACAAGAUACACCGCCUGACAAAAAAACCAAGCAAGCUUCGAGUAGAGCUUGAAGACUUUGGGAGCCAAACAGCUUACGCUGAGUACGACUAUUUUGGUGUUGCUAAUAAACAAAGCAAAUACAGGCUCAGUCUUGGAAAAUAUUUUGGUAAGGAUUCAGUUAAGGUGGCUCGACACAGUAUU